CUCUGCCUUGCUCAGUUUACAGCUCCUACCCCAAGCACGCUUCCUGGGGCGCAGGGGCGGAGCAGGGCCGUGUUGUCUAAGGGGCACAGCCACGUGUUCACCCGGACUGUCCUGUUGCCCGGGUCCUGCGUCCUGCGAGCACCCAGCCCACCCGUGGAGCUCGAGUAGAGGAAAGGGGCGGGGGGCGUUCGGUGUGGAGCGCAGGAAUGACACCCAGGGCUGCGUUCGUGUCUGCAGACAUCCAAUGCCCGUGGAGUGGGCAGCUAUGCCUAGGAGCCAGCCCCCGCUGCCCGCCUGCUUACUGCCUACAGAGAAGGAGUGAGGAGGGCUGGCUUACGCUAGAAAGACGCAAGAGCUGGAGGCCCCAGUGUCCCUUUUCACUGCAGUGGCCGUUUAUUCGUUUAGCAAACAUUGGACGAGUCACUCUGUCUCGAUUUCCCCAGCGGAAGAAAUCAGGUACAGCAGUACCCUCCGCGGAGUGGAGGUGAGGCAUUUAGUAAAGGAAAACCCUUAACAGCGCCUGACGGGUAGUAAGUGCUUUCGUAAGUGUUAGCACGGUUACUGAUUCAAAAAAUACGAAUCGGUUACUGAUUCAAAAAAUAUUAACUAGACACCUAGUAGCUGCUAGGAACUGUGCCCACGGGGUAUAUACCGGUUCGAACCCCGGUCUUCCCCGGUGCGAAGGGAAACUCGCUGCCUACAAGCCACUGGGGCUUCAAACGCAAGCACGUGGGUGGACUCUGAUUCCCCCAUCCGCCGCCCUGCUCUUCUGGGCCCGCGCGCCUGCUCAUUGAGGGCCCUGGGAAAGGAGACCACCCCGAGAGCUCUGCGUGGACUGGGGAAUGCUCCCCCACGCCCCGACUCCCUCCCUUCUCCCGCCUGGGUAAAUUCUACCCUGUCGCUUUAAGGAGUCUCUCGCCGUGGUGCGUUGGGAAGCCCGGAUGCGGCUCUCGGAUUGGGCGGGGCGUCUCCGUGACUUCACCCCGGGUACAAAAGGGCCCGGGUGGCGGGCGCCGGGGCAGAGCGUCCUAGCAGUGUCACGGCGUGGGUUGGCGCGAGGGGAGAAGCGUGAACGAGCGCGGAGCCCGGAGUGCACCUGCUACCUGUCCUGCCCAGUCAGGGAGCCCCCGCCGUCCUCGCCCCCGCCGUCUAGCCGCCAUGGAGGUGCAGAAGGAGGCUCAACGCAUCAUGACCCUGUCGGUGUGGAAGAUGUACCAUUCGCGCAUGCAGCGCGGUGGCCUGCGGCUGCACCGGAGUCUGCAGCUGUCGCUGGUCAUGCGCAGCGCGCGAGAGCUCUACCUCUCGGCCAAGGUGGAAGCCCACGAGCCCGAGGUGCCCUUGCCGCCCGUCCGCUCCUCUGAUCCUCGCCUGCACCAGUUGCGGGAAGCGGAAGCUGUGGCCGAGGCAGCGCCCCCCGACGGUGAGCAGCCUUCCCCGGAGCCCAUGGACACGCGGGAGGCGCCGGGAGCCGCGGAGACCCCAGCUCCCUGUGCCCCGCGCCCCACUAAAGUCAGCCGCAAGCGGCGGAGCAGCAGCCUGAGUGACGGCGGGGACGUCGGACUGGUCCCAAGCAAGAAAGCCCGUCUAGAAGAAGAGGAGGAGGAGGCAGGGGCCUCUUCGGAGGUCCCUGAUCGCCUGCAGCCACCUCCCGCUCAAGCGGAGGGCGCCUUCCCCAACCUGGCGCGCGUCCUACAGAGGCGCUUCUCUGGCCUCCUGAACUGCAGCCCCGCCGCCCCCCCGACGGCGCCGCCGGCAUGCGAGGCGAAGCCUGCCUGCCGCCCUGCGGACAGCAUGCUGAACGUGCUCGUGCGGGCCGUGGUGGCCUUCUGAGGGUCCCCGAGCGGCGCUACGGGAGCCCAGAGCGCGGGCCGAACCGUCGGCCGGAGUGCGCACACCCGAGGCGAGGCCCGCCCCCGGGGGAGCGCCCGCUGAAACCGUGGAGAGGAGCUGCCGCCCGGGCUGCUGAGAGGCCUGAGGAGGGACUCUGCCCCCGGGGAGCCGUCGCCGCCUGUGCGCAGCGGCGGCGCCGAGGAGCCUGAGCGGGGAGCGCGAGCGCCUUCCGCCGAGACCUGCUGCGCCCACAGGUGCUGUCUUAACGGACUGGGACGUGGACCUUUCCCUCUCCUUCUGGGACUGGGAGCAGGGAGGCUAGGUUCUUUAAAACUCCUCAGGGUCGGACUUUAUUUUUUAUUGGGAGCUGUACUGCCCUUUCAAGGUUUUUCAAUAGUUGGUGUUUGCAUUUCCAACCUCAGAAUUCCAGGCAGGCGCUCCCUUCCCCCACCAGUGACAUACUUGUGCAAGCGGUCAUCGUUGCGUCAUGGGGCAGACGUGGGGAGCUUCCUGUUGCCUUGCGUGGGUGUGGGGCCUGGGAGGAGGGUCUGGGGUGUGGACCGCCCUGGGGAAUGGGAGGAGGGCGUCCUGAGUCACCUCGCCCCGCGCGCUGCGGGUUUGUGCCCCGCGCCCCUGCGCCUUCGGCUGUAUAGCGGGGGCAAGGUGGGGGCCCGAUUUAAUUUCAGGUUACAAUUUUCCUCAUCUGGUGCGUGAGAGGUGGUAAUACGUUCCCAGUCUCCGGCGUGACCGUCCCUCAGACACACAGACACAACCCAGACGAUCCUGGUCUGGAUCACAAAAUUGGGUGGGGGUGUUUAGAGCGCUUGUAAGGCUGCGCUGGGACCAGUUGCUGGUGAGACUGGGCCAGUUUGGGAAGGGGAAGAUUCUUGCCAGGGCGUGCUGAGGGCUGUUUACCUUUACUGUGGUGGAUUCUGUUUAAUUUCAUCUAUCUGGCUUUUUGCUAGAAACGCCAGAUAGGAAAAUAAAAGACCAUUUGAAUAAA